AUGUGGUGCACUUCGUGUAGGAAGCGAAGACUUCAAAGAAUGGUAGCUCAGUUGAUUAGUGGGACAGAGAUCUCAAAACAAUUGCUUGGUGAAGUGGCCGAACAGCUGAAACUCAAGAAAGAGAAUAAUCCAUCCUUUCGAGCGGUGUUAGCUAUCGUACAGGUGGGAAAUCGCUCAGAUUCGAAUGUAUAUAUCGGCGCUAAGAUAAAAAAGGCGGCUGAAAUUGGAGCAGAAGGAAGACUCAUCAAAUUGCCUGAUACUUUGACACAAACUGAGCUGGAGGCAGAAAUCGCCAAACUAAAUGCAGACGAUGAUGUAGACGGCAUUAUUGUACAGUUGCCGCUGGACUGCAAGAAUCCAAUCGAUGUAGAUGCGGUCAUCGACAAAAUCCACCCUCUGAAAGAUGUAGACGGCCUGACCAGGGAAAACGCUGGUCGUUUAAUGCGUGGCGAGUUGCAGCGCACAAUCAUCCCGUGUACGCCAAAUGGAUGCUUGUAUCUCGUCCAAAAAGCAACAGGUGAUCCGGACUAUGUCCGCGGUAAGAAUGUUGUGGUGUUGGGCCGUUCGAAGAUUGUUGGUUCGCCCGCUGCAGCUCUAUUCAUGUGGCACCACGGAACAACCACAAUUUGUCACUCAAGAACUAAGGACAUCAAGGAACACUGUCUCAGGGCUGAUAUCCUCAUUGUUGCAAUAGGAAAGAAACAGUUUGUGAAAGGAGACUGGAUCAAGCCUGGGGCAGUUGUGAUUGACUGUGGCAUCAACGUCGACGAAGCCACUGAGCCCGGAAAGAAAAACAAGCUUUAUGGAGAUGUUGAUUUUGAAGCAGCCAAAGAGGUUGCCGGUUACAUCACUCCCGUGCCUGGAGGUGUUGGCCCUAUGACGGUGGCCAUGCUUAUUCGAAAUACCUAUCAACAAGCUUUACGCAGAAGACUGCACGAAGAUAAUGGUGUUUGAACAUGCCUUUAUAUUUUGGGUAGUCCUGUUUCAGCCACUUCAGCCACUUGUUCUUUUAUUUAGCUUCUCCUUUUGUACCUGAAAAUUCUGAGGUUUAACUGGUUACCGGCCAUUCACUUGUUGUUCCAUUCAAUAUUGAAUUGAUAUAAAGACUUCUAUCUCUGAAUGUGGAAAAAAAUCAGCAUGUUCUAUCACCACAUUGUUACAAACUGAAGUAUAUUUUGAGUCCACGCUUAAAGUCAUAAUUCCAAUAAAGUUCGGAUACC